AUGGCUCUCGAGCUUCCGUCAGUCGCGGCGAUCGCGACCGCCUCUCGUCCCGCGCCGCCCGUCGCACCUCCACCGAACCUAUUCGCUGUCACGGGCUUUAAACCGUUCAUGGGGGUGGCGCAUAACCCCACAGAAGCAAUCGUGCGCGCGCUGCCCGCGUAUCUGGCGGAGCGGAAAGCACUUCCGGAGGGGUGGGCGCUGGGGUGCUGCUGCGUUCUGGAGACCGCGGGGAAGGGGUACCUUCCGCAGCUGCUGCGCAUCCUCGACAACCCCGAGGGGCUUCCGCCGCUUCCGCCGCUUUUGUCCCCCGCGCCCGAGGGGGAAGGUGCGGAGGAGGCAGGCGGACGGGGGGUGGAAGGGGGAGGAAUAUGGGGGAGAUUUGUGGGGAAAGGCGGAAGGAGGAUGGCGUUGGGAGAAUCGGCGCAGACGGUGAGCGCAGAGGGGGGAGUGGGCGCGUGCGCGGAAGGGGGAAAAGGCGCGGGAAGGGCAGGGGAGAGGGGGGCAACGAAGAGCGCAGAGGGCGCUGUUGGAUCCGCGCAUCCAGCGGGAGUGGCGGAGGGGACGGGCGCGGGGGGGAGAGAGUCGAGACCGUGUGGGGGAGGAGCCAUGGGCGGAACAGCGGACGUGAAUGGCGGGAGACGAGUGAUAUGGGUGAGUGGGGUCUGGGUGCAUCUGGGGGUGAACAGCGGGGCAUCACUCAUAGCAGUGGAGCGCCAGGCAGCCAACGAGGCAACCUUCAGAUGUCCCGAUGAGAUGGGCUGGCAGCCUCAGAAGGAGGCAAUAGCACCAGAAGAUGGGCCAAUCACAGUCAUCAGACAGUCAACCCUACCUGUCCUGAGCCUAGUGAACACACUCCAGCAGCGUGGUUUCUCUGUGCUUUCUUCCCGAGACGCUGGGCGCUUUGUCUGCAACUACGUAUACUACCAGUCACUGCGCCGUGCCGCCCUCCUCUCCUCCUCCUCCUCCCCUUCCUCCUCCUCCCCCGCCCCUUCCUCCGCUUCCUCCUCUGAGUCCCUGCCACAUGCUGUUACUGCCACCACCCCACCUACCAGUACUAGUGCUACCAGUGUCUCUAGCGAAGCAGGAACGGAAGUUACACCAACAGCAGCAGCGCCAGCGCCAGCAGCAGCAGCAGCAGCAGCAGCAGCAGCAGCGCCGGCAGCAUCAGACACGAAGCACCAUCCACACGCCAACUCCAACCCUUCACUGCAGGCCCUGCAACAACACCCACAGCUCGCUCCACGCAUGCCACACGUGUCACCACAAGAGCCCCCGCAAGUGCCGCCGCGGGUGCAGAGUGUGUUUGUGCAUGUGCCCACGUUUGACACCAUUGCAAUGGACGCCCAGCUCCGCUUCGUAGCCGCCCUCCUGGAGCUCCUCGCAUCCGCUUGA